UGACUUGUCUGUUACUCUCUGGCCGCGCCUAACGCUGACUCGGCGUUCGUUGUUGCGCUGUAGGUCCGUAGGUUUCUCAAGGAUAGCGGCCGGUUUCUGCUCGUGUCGUUUCGGCAACCGUAUUUCAUGAAGUCGAUGUUGGACCUGGAAGGCUUGUGGGACGCUGAGAUGCACGUCCUGGGCGGUGUCGGCUCCUUUGAGUACUACGGCUAUGUGAUCCGCAAGCCGAGCGUUGGCACUGCACGCUUAGGGGGAACGGCCCAACCAGGAGGGCGACUUAAAGGAAACCGACACUCUGGAACAAGAGUGUCUAGGCGUAAGGUGUACUCGGGAGUUGAAGAAGACAACAAUACACCCAUGGGCUUGGCACUCCACCAAAUCAUGCGGUAUAUUCGAUCACAGAGAGGGAUAUGGUCAGGCAACUAGGCAGGAGGUAUCUGACCCAAUUAUCCAUGACGAGCAUGGAAAGGGAAAAGAGGUUGGGAAGCAAGAGGAGAAGGAAAAGGUUCCGCAUGGACUUGCCGCCGCCGCCUUCUCCGCUGCCUGUGAUCAACUCCUUCUCGCGCCUCUGAUAGACACCCAGGCUCGA